CGGCGGUGCCCACUGCGGCCCCGGCCUGCGGCCCCGAGGCGGCUGGAGGCGAGAGACACAUCUCCAUUCAGAGGCAGCUUUCUGACCUGGAGAAGUUAGCUUUCCCAGCUGAAGGUGGUCUUGAAUCUGCCAACUCAUUGAACCCCGAUAAUCCUGACGCAGGAAAUAAACAGGCUUGUCCAUUGUGCCCUAAAGAAAAAUUCAGAGCUUGUAAUAGCCAUAAGCUUCGUCGCCACCUUCAGAAUUUACACUGGAAAGUCUCAGUUGAAUUUGAAGGUCACAGGAUGUGCAUCUGUCACUUAGCUUGUCGGCCUGUGAAACCGAAUACCACUGGAGAGCAGAUCUCCAGUAAGAUGGGUGCCCAUUACCAUUGCAUCAUUUGUUCAGCAACGAUCGCCAGGAGAACCGAUAUGCUCGGACAUGUGAGGCGCCACGAGAAUAAAGGAGAGACGAAAUCCAGCUAUGUUGCUGCUUCUGCUGUGAAAGCACCGCAUGAGACUCUGAAGGAGACGGGCACGGAUGUGCGAGUCUGUCCCAACUGUACUGUGCCUCAGAAAGCAGAUUCCUACUUUAACCCCAAAAUGAAACUGAAUCGGCAGCUGGUGUUCUGCACGUUAGCUGCUCUGGCUGAGGAGCGGAAACCGCUGGACUGUCUGGAUGCCUUUGGAGCCACAGGGAUAAUGGGAUUGCAGUGGGCAAAACAUCUCGGAAGUGCCGUCCAAGUUACAAUCAAUGACUUGAGUGAGAACUCUGUGACGCUGAUUCAGGAGAACUGCCACUUGAACAACCUGAAAGUGAAGGACAGCAGGGAGACGGGAGGGAGUGACGGGACUCUGGGGGAAGGAGAGGAGACCCUUGGUGACAUCAAGGUGACCAAGAUGGACGCCAAUGUGCUGAUGCACCUGAGGUCUUUUGAUUUCAUACACCUGGACCCUUUUGGAACAUCUGUCAACUAUCUAGAUUCUGCGUUCAGAAACGUAAGGAACCUCGGGGUAGUGUCAGUGACUUCGACUGACACCAGCUCUUUAUAUGCCAAGGCGCAGCACGUUGCCCGGCGGCACUACGGCUGUACCGUCGUCCGGACCGAGUACUACAAGGAGCUCGCGGCCAGGGUUGUCGUGGCCGCCGUGGCCAGAGCUGCUGCCCGCUGCAACAAAGGCAUCCAAGUGCUGUUGGCAGUGGCCCUGGAGCACUUCGUGCUGGUGGCGGUGCGCGUGCUGAGGGGGCCGACUUCAGCAGACGCCUCAGCCAGGAAGAUCCAGUACCUGAUCCACUGUCAGUGGUGUGAGGAGAGGAUCUUCCGCAGGGGUGGCGACAUGGUGGAAGCAAACCCCUACAAGCAGCUGCCCUGUGACUGCCACAGAAGCAUGCCAGGGAAGACAGCGAUGGAACUUGGACCUCUGUGGUCAAGUUCCCUUUUCAAUACUGGAUUCCUCAAAAGAAUGCUGUUUGAAUCUUUUCACCAUGGUUUGGAUGAUAUUCAGGCCCUGCUCAAGACACUAAUCUUUGAGUCAGAAUGUACUCUGCAGAGCCAGUUUUCAGCUCCCGCAGCCGCCGGUGUCAACAAGCAAGAAGAAAAUGGAGUUACUAAACCUAUGGCUGAAAGCCCAGCAGGGAAGAGAAAAAGCAGUGAAGUCAUCGCCAACUUGGCCAAGAAGCAGAAGAGCGAUGUCAGCACGGAACAUCCUCCCUUCUAUUACAACGUCCACAGGCACAGCAUCAAAGGAAUGAACAUGCCGAAGUUAAAAAAGUUUCUGUGCUAUCUUUCUCAAGCAGGCUUUCGAGUAAGUCGGACUCACUUUGACCCGAUGGGUGUUCGUACCGACGCGCCUCUCAUGCAGUUCAAAUCAAUCCUUUUAAAGUACAGCACGCCCACCUACGCUGGCGGCCAGGCAGAGGGCCACGUCCAGUCAGCUCCUGAGGAUACGGCGGCCAACAGGGCCGAGACGUCUGUGAGCGACCAGGCCGAAGCAGGUGGCUGCAGGAGGCGGUGACCGUCAAGAGGCACCUGCUGGAGCUCUGUGCCAGCUGUGCCAGCUGCAGGGCCUUUCCUGUCCCUGCACUUCUGUGGUGUGAGAAUAAAGAGAUGCUGUUUUCCUUCCGAAAAUGAGCAGUUCCUAACUUAGCUGCUUUGGAAGCUUUGCUUUCAGGUUUUUAUUUUACAGAAAAAUCUUAAGGAGACAUUUUGUAUGAAACCAAAAUUCUGACUGAGAUCACCCU